ACAAGUCCCUCCACACAUAUCAGAAAAGUUUUAACCGCUUUCCCUUUGCCGUCAAAGACUGUCAAAUUGAAGCAUUUCAAAGUCGACCUCGUCACUCUUCCCAUAAAAUUAUUAAUAAAAGACACAGAGCAUGGAAUUAACAACAGAACUGGGUUUUACCAUAGCGUUUUCUAUAUUCAUGAUCUUGGCAUUGUUUGGAAACCUGUUGCUGAUAUACAUUGUCUGGAAGAAACCUGAAACGAGAGGUCUGACAAGUUUCUUGUUCGUCAAUAUGGCCGUGGCCGAUCUACUAGUUGCAGUAUUUCAGAUUCCUAUCUCCAUGGCUCAUUUUUACGCAACUGAAAUGACUGGUGUAGCCGGUGACCUGUUCUGUAAGUUUUUUAACUACAUUUUGCAAGUGUCGAUGACAGCCUCCAUUCUCAGUUUGGUCGUGAUGGCAUUUGAUCGAUACUUCGCUGUCAUACACCCUUUGAGGCGAAAGAUCUGGUUCCGAAGAUCCAAGGUAAUUCUACCUGUCAUUUGGGUCCCAUCCUGCACUUUAAUGGCGGUAAAUUUAGUCUCUUACGAGGCUCAUUAUGGGAAGUGCCUUUAUACAGAGAAGCAUAUUUCAAGCGUUAUCCUAUUUACCUACUUACUGGUCAUCAACUAUGUCUUGCCUCUCGCCAUCAUUUCUGCCCUUUACAUCAAAAUCGCGAGGAAAAUAUGGUUCCACGAAAUUCCUGGUCAAAACGAAAUCUCUCGAAACCUGGCAGAUGAUCAGAUUCCUAAAAGAAAAGUCCUCCGAACGCUCAUCAUCAUUGUGGUUGUUUUUGCAGUCUGUUGGUUGCCCGCCCAAGUGCUCCAAAUGGACUACGUGGUGACAGCAACAAUAAGAUGGCAUCCUGCAGUCAUCUAUUUUUCCUCUUGGCUCAGUCAGGCUAACAGUGCUAUUAAUCCCUGGCUCUACAUCCUGCUCAAUGGUAAAAUGAAUGGAGCUUUUCGCAGAAUGAUCCGAGGCCAAAGUGUGAAAAGCAGGGCAUCCAGCAGGACCAGCCAAUCGACCACGGCCGUGAGCUUACUCAAAAAUUCCUUUCUUGACAAUUCCGUAGUUUAA